GGGAGUCUAGGGGCUGGGCAGUUGGGUCUCCUGGAGAAUGCCUCAAUGACAACUUUGGACUAGUUUUUGGAAAAUCAAAAUACAAACGGUUUGCCCUGGAGUUUCACUGGAACAACCCGAACGAAGUGUCAGGCUGGAAGGACAGUUCAGGAAUGACGAUCUUUUACACCCCCAACUUACGAAAAAAUAAUGGCUCAAUUUUGUCACUCGGUCAGAUGAACCUAGCAAUCCCCCCUGGACAAUCAGAGGUCACGUUCAGAGGAGAAUGUACAUCUGAAUGCACACAAAAACUUAUGACAGAGCCCAUCUAUGUCCCAACAGCCUUGAAUCAUAUGCAUUAUUUAGGUAGAUCAGCGUCCGUAGAGCUGAGGCGAAAUGGACAAAGGGUCCGCUAUCUGACCAAUGAAUCUGAGUACAGCUAUGACCAGCCUCUCUACUUCAACUAUGACGAUCCAGUUGAGCUUCUUCCUGGAGACAACUUAGUGACCACCUGCAAAUUCGAAUCGACGUAUAAGAAGAACUGGGUAUUCUAUGGCGAUGGAACAUCAGAUGAAAUGUGCUUUGGGUUCCUUUGGCACUACCCAGAACAUGCUCUGAAGAAUGGCGUGUGUGUGUCGUGGAAGAGCAUCAAUAUUUGUGGGCGUGAGAGCCUCAUUGAGGAGAACUGCAACGUCUGGGAAUUUGUAUUUCAAGUCAAUGCUGAGUCUAAGGCGCUCUUCAAGGCCGUGACCGUCAACUGUAAUCUCCUGUCCGAUUUGUGCACCCCCGAAUGCAAGAUGGCGGUGAUGGACAUCCUGAAACACCCUUGCUUAAGUGGAGGCAAUGUCUCAGACUAUCUCAGAAGUCUCAUGCGACAAUCCAAACCUGGGCUGGAGUUCCUCGGCAAGCUGGCAAUGUGCGAUGUGAAUAAGAAUGACUUUAACUAUCCCCAAUCCGGUGGCACAGGAACCCAUAUGGCCUCCCUGACGUUGAUCUUCCUCGCGGUGAUCAUGGCUUAGAUUCAGUCGACAAAGUUUUGGCUUUUCCAUGAUUUAGUCUUUUCUAAAAUGUUGGCUUGCAUUUAAAGUCAGAUGUAGUACUAUUCUCGGUGUAUGGCAGUGUUAAUGAAAAUACCCCAAAACCCGGGCCCAAGUAGUCAAGAUAUUUCUGAUAUUGGACAAUUAUUAAACGCUUGGAUUGGCAGUUUUUGGAGAAAAAACCCCAGAAGCUUCAGAAAUGCAUGAUGGUAUAUUUGAAAUGUACUAUGAAUAUUAGCAAAUCAAUGACUUAGAUGAUGCGUUUAGUUUGGUGAUUGUACUCAAGACGGCAUAAUCACGGUUUUAAUUAACGAUGAUAUUUUGUAGUAAAAAUAGUAAACAGGGAAUCUUAGAUGUCAUUUCUGAACAUUUACAGUACUAUUUACAUCUAUUGUGAUAUAUCCUUCUUACUGUGCUACCGUUGAGGUAACCUGGAGGUUAAGGCGUUGGUUUUUCUUGCUUCGCGAUGCGGGUUUCGAGCCCUACAUGGUUGCAAUGUGUGAAGCGCACAGAGUUUAUCAUAGUUUACAACUACUACUACUACUACUACUACUACUACUACUACUACUACUACUACUACUACUACUACUACUACUAUUACUACUACUACUACAACUACUUCGAGGAUGAUUACUACAACUACUGCAACAACAACAACAACUACGACGACUACUACUACCGAUUCCAAGUUUCAUCCAUAUGUCUUUGUUUUUCGGUUCUUUUGAAUAAAAGUACAUAUUUUUGAUAUUAUUAAGCAAUUCCUUUACACACUUUGAAUAAAUAAUGUUAACGCA